AUGGCGGCACCCCCACCCCGCCGCCUCUCUCGGGCCGUGGCGGCCCCGGGCCGGUGGAGCUGCAGGAGGCUGAGGCCCGGAGCUCCCCGGGGAGGCGGGGAGGAGGGCGGUGGCCGUACCGGCCCGCCCCGCCGCCGCGCCGCGUCCUCCUGCCACGGCCUUGCUCCACCGUACCGGGCAGAGAGAGCGAGCUCUGGGCCAUUAACAGGAUCCCUGGGACCUGCUCCGAGCACGUGCCUCUCCAGGGAUAUCACUUGUGAGCACUCUAUUUUAGGCAUGUUCUCAGAGUUGAAGUUCCCUGUGCCCUGGGGCCACGUGGCAGCCAAAGCCUGGGGACCCUCGGAAGGACACCCGGUGCUGUGCUUGCAUGGCUGGCUGGACAACGCCAACACCUUUGACAAGCUCAUUCCAUUGCUCCCCAGAGAUUGCUAUUAUGUGGCAAUGGAUUUUUCUGGCCAUGGCUUGUCAUCCCACCGACCUGCAGGCUCCCCCUACCAUUUUCUGGAUUACGUAAGCGACGUGCGCCGGGUGGCAGCAGCUUUGCAGUGGAGACGGUUCACCCUGAUGGGUCACAGUAUGGGUGGGUCUGUGGCAGGAAUGUUCUGCUUCCUUUAUCCUGAGAUGGUGGAUAAGCUGAUCCUGCUGGAAAAUCUUGGCUUUCUGCUGGCUCCAGAGGACACUGAGGCAUGGCUGAAAUCAAAACGGAUGGUGAUUGACAGAUUACUGAGUCUAGAGGCAAAGCAGCAAACUCCCAAAGCACGGAGCCCUGAAGCAGCAUUGCAGAGGCUUUUAGAAGCAAACAGACAUCUGACAGCAGAGGGUGGGGCAAUCCUACUGCAGCGAGGAGCAACUGAGACACCCGCUGGGCUGGUGUAUAACAGAGACAUGAGAGUGCGUACGCAGAGUCGAGAGUCCUUCACAGUGGAGCAGUGCGUGAAGCUUCUGCAGAAGAUUAAGGACCAUGUUCUCAUCAUUAUAGCACAAGAUGGACUCUUGGUACCACACAAGCUAGACAGCAGAAAUCACUUUGUGAAAGCCCUGCGGGAGGCAUUCGAGUCUACUCUCAAAGAGCAUAUCCAGCUAGUAGAGGUGCCUGGGAGUCAUUUUGUGCACCUGAAUGAGCCCGAGGUGGUGUCUGGGAUCAUCAGCAACUUCCUGACAGCACAGAACACCAGAGCCAGGCUCUAGGAAGAAGCAUCACUGCUGCAGCAGUCCAGGAGAACAGGGAGCUAAGCAACAGGCUCUGGAGGAAUUGUCACCAUUCCUACUUGACAUCCAACACCAGUUUCAUGAUACCCUUCCCUAAGGUUAGCUCAGUGCAGAGUGGAAGCAGGUCUGCCGGUGGUUCCCUGGAGGAGAGCUGUGCAGAGUAUCAUCUCGGUUGUCAAAGGGAAGAGGAAUCCUGCGAGUACAGUGAUGGCUGCCCAGAGCAGCCUUCCCCUUGCUUGCUCCUAACUUGCACCCUGGAAUGGAGCAUGAAUGCAGGCAGGGGCAUCCUCUGUGGGAACAGCAGCACCAGCUGUGAUGUUGCAAGAGAUGGGUGGCUCAUCAUACCUCCUCCCUGAGGGUGGGGUGACCAGCCUCUCCCAGGAUUAGACCUACUGAAAAACCAGGGAAGUGUUGUCCUCCUCUGCUUGCUUCCACAAGUGCCUGAGCUCAGAGGGCCUCAGUGUCUCUGUUCUACUGUGAGAGCUGCUGCUUUUUAAAUCGGCUUAAAUAAGAGCUCACCUAGGCACAGAAGGCCAUUUUAAUGAACUCCUAGGGAAUGAGUCACUAAUCCCCUAGAUGAAGCAGCUGGGAGAACUAUUAAUAAUGGAAAAGUUGGCAGAUUAUUGCUGUCCAUCUAAAUAAAGAUUGAUCUGCUGUUAA